AUGUCUGUCACCACUGUCCCCACAGACACAGCAGAGGCCACCCUGGAGCCGGCCAUGGGGCUGACAGCACGGACCCUCCUGACUUCAGCUCCUGGCUUUGUAGAGACCAUGCCGGGUGGGUCUGACUACGUGGGCGUCAUGCAGAGGGAGGAGCUUCUGGCCAGCACCCCCACCCCCACCCCCGCAGCAGGGUGCGUGGCAGCUGGCUGUGCAGCAGCCCUGUCAGCGUUGGGUGACAGCGCCCUGACCCGCCCCACGUCCUGGGGGCCUGACACUCAGGGUGCUCAGCGCGCUCCUGCUCACGCUUCCUCGCACGGGGAGCCGCACGGGGAGCCGCUGCGCGCUCUGCUGGGUUCACUUCCAAUUGCCACUGACUUUCCUCAGCUGGAAAUGAUUUCAGAAACGAAUGACACGAGGCCCCGGAGCCUCCCAGAGGACGCUCAGGAACACUCGUGUCGUGCGGUGCUCUUCUGGAAAGAACCCAGGGCCACGGCGCAUGGGCAGGGCUCGGAGUACCCGGGGCCUCGGUGUGCAGACGGGGCUCAGAGCACCCAGGGCCAUGGCGCGCGGGUGAACCCCAAACUUGAGGACGAGGGUGCCCAGCCCUCCAGGGUCUGCAACCGUGGGAGAGCUUUCGAACCUCCCAGGAAUCAGGCCAAGAAGUGGCAGCUCCUCAUAAACUCCAUCCCACUGCCUCGUCGCCAUGAGCACACCAGGACGACUGCACGAUUAAGUCAGCAGGGAGAAGCUGGUGUGACAGUGCGUGUUGCAGAGGUGCCACACUUCCCCGAGCCUCGGGGCACCAUGGAACCAGCAUGGCAGGGCCUCCGCGCGGCCCAAGCAGCAGGUCUGUGGAUUGGCAUCGGAGCAGGCGCGCAACCUCCCGCUGGGACCUGGGCGUGUCUGUGUUGCAGGGUCGACCCCUACGGGUUUGAGCAACCGGAGAACCUGGACUCCGCGGACGAGGCGUUCCUCUCCGCCUACCCGGCGGUCCUGGCCAGGAGAGCGGCCAAGUGGUCGCGGCUCCUGAAGGCGCGCGGGGGCGUGCGGAGGAGCCCGACCGUGAAGCGCUAUGUCCGCAAGGGCAUCCCCCUGGCGCUCCGGGCCCACGUCUGGAUGGCGCUGAGUGGAGCCCAGGAGCGGAUGGACCAGAAUCCUGGCUACUACCAGCGGCUGCUCCAAGGGGAGAGGGACCGGAGCAUAGAAGAAGCCAUCAAGACAGACCUGAACCGGACCUUCCCAGACAACGUGCAGUUCCGGAAGACCGCGGAGCCAUGUCUACAGAAGACACUGUGCAGCGUGCUGCUGGCCUACGGGCACCACAACCGCGGGGUGGGGUACUGCCAGGGUCUGAACUUCAUAGCAGGAUAUCUGAUUCUCGUGACGAAGAACGAAGAACAGUCUUUCUGGCUGUUAGACGCGCUGGUUGGAAGAAUCCUGCCCGAUUACUACGGCCCUGCCAUGCUGGGCCUGAAGACCGACCAGGAGGUCCUCGGGGAGCUGGUGAGGGCCAAGCUGCCGGCCGUGGCGGCGCUGGUGGAGGGCUGCGGCAUGCAGUGGACCCUGCUCGUGUCCCGCUGGUUCAUCUGCCUGUUUGUGGACGUUCUGCCGGUGGAGACUGUGCUUCGAGUCUGGGACUGUCUGUUCAACGAGGGCUCCAAGAUCCUCUUCCGAGUGGCCCUGACCUUGAUCAAGCAGCACCAGGAGUUUAUUCUGGAAGCCACCGACAUCUCGGAUCUGUGUGACAGGUUCAAACAGAUCACCCGGGGGAGCUUCGUGACGGAGUGCCACACCUUCAUGCAGAAGAUCUUCUCCGAGCCCGGCAGCCUGCCCAUGACCGCCGUCACCAGGCUCCGUGAGCGCUGCAGGGCCAGGCUGCUGGCACAGGGCUGAGCCAGAACCUCGGCCCCUGCCCCCAGCCCACUCGCCACCGAGCCAGCCUUCCUCCUCAGUACCCUGGAUCCGCGAGGUCACUGCACGCUCAUCGCAGGGUUCUUCGAAGACUGAAAAUCACAGCGUGGGACCAGCAGGUGGCUUAACAGUUGGGUCACAGCACUGACAUAGCUGACCAUUUCGAAUCCAGACCUGGUGGUUUAAGACUUACACCAGGCGUGUGUGCAUGCGUGCCCCAAAACCUGAGGAGAACGGAGAAGG